AUGGCAGCGGACAUGGCUACUAGCAGCAGGAAAGAGGGCGAUCACGCCGACCUAGCCGCGCUGGGCAUCACGCAAGAGUUGAAAAGAAACUUCAGUCCGCUUUCCAUGCUCGGUCUUGCCUUUGCCAUCCUCAACUCGUGGACCGCCCUUUCCACCUCCCUCUCCCUCGCCCUUCCCUCUGGCGGCCCCACGAGCGUCAUCUGGGGCCUGGUCACCGCCGGCAUCUUCAACCUCUGUCUGGCUGCUUCCCUGGCCGAGUUCCUCUCCGCCUAUCCCACCGCGGGCGGACAGUAUCACUGGGUGCAAUGCAUCUCCUGGAACGGCUGGAAGCCCAUCCUCUCCUGGAUCACCGGCUGGAUCAAUGUCUUCGGCUGGAUGGCUCUCGUUGCCACGGGAGGCCUGCUCGGGAGUCAGAUCGUCGUGGGAAUCAUCGCGCUGUAUGACGCCUCGUACGAGGCCCAGCGAUGGCACCAAUUCCUCAUCUACGUCGGCUACAACAUCAUCGCGCUGCUUCUGAAUGCCUUUGCGAACUCGCUGCUGCCCCUCGUCAACAAGACCGCCAUCAUCUGGUCCAUAUCGGGCUUCGUGGUCAUCUGCAUCACGAUCUUGGCUUGCGCAUCUCCCGAUUACAGCUCGGGAGACUUUGUGUACCGCGAGUUCAUCAACACAACCGGAUGGCCGGAUGGCUUGGCCUGGCUUCUGGGUCUGCUGCAGGGUGGUCUGGGUCUGACCGGAUUCGAUGCCACCGCCCACAUGAUUGAAGAGAUCCCCAACGCCGCCAUUGAGGGACCAAAGAUUAUGAUUUACUGUGUCGCCAUCGGUGUCUUCACCGGCUUCAUCUUCCUGUCCUGCCUCCUGUUUGUGGCUGGAGACAUCAACCAAGUCAUCAGCUCAAGCGCCGGCCCUCUCAACCAGAUCAUCUUCAACGCUACCGGCAGCAAAGCAGGCACAGUCUGCCUCCUCAUGUUCCCACUGAUCUGUAUGGUCUUCGCAACAACCUCGAUCAUGACCACCUCGUCUCGAAUGACAUACGGUAACGUCCCUCCCUCCUCCCACCAACCAAUUAACAUCACAUCCUAAUUCUAUUCCUCCCCGCAGCAUUCGCCCGUGACGGCGGCCUCCCCUUCUCCCGCUUCUUCGCCCGCGUGCACAAGAAACUCGACGUGCCGCUCGAAUCCCUCGCCCUCACCGUCCUCGUCGUCCUCAUCUUCGGCUGCAUCUUCCUCGGCUCCACCAGCGCCUUCAACGCCAUCACCAGCGCCUCCGUCGUCGCCCUCGGCAUCUCCUACGCCAUGCCCGUCGCCAUCAACCUCCUGCGCGGCCGCAAGAUGCUGCCCAAGACCCGCCCCUUCAUCCUCCCGGAAUGGUUCGGCUGGACCGCCAACCUCCUCGGCGUCGCGUACGUCAUCCUCACCACCGUCCUGUUCGUCUUCCCACCCGAGAUCCCCGUGACGGGCUCGAGUAUGAACUACUGCAUCGUCGCGUUUGCGAUUGUCUUCAUCAUCAGUGCGGUGACUUGGUUUCUCGAUGGGAGGAAGAACUAUACGGGUCCGCAGGUGGAGGAUAUCGACAGCAACGUCCUUACGGCGGUGCAGAGUCCGGAGACUUCCAAGGGGUCGGACAUGGAAGAGGCGGAUAUGUCGAGGUUGGGGGAGAAGGGACGAGCGGAGAAGCCGGUGGUCUAA